AAUCGGUUUUGUACCCCGCUGUUUUUUGAAGCAGUAAAUCAUUGGAAACAAUUAAUAGUUUCAAUUAACAUUUGUUUGUGACUAGAUGUCAGUUAAGAAGAAGUAAGUGUUUAAAACAAAGAACACGUCUAUUUUACUUCACUUUUUCAAGACUUUGGUGCCACCUGUUGUUUUACAGCGUAACAACAGUGUCAUUGGCGGGAACGCCCGUCCCUUUCAAACCAGCCAAUGGCAGCCCCGCACUUGUGUAAUAUUGGACUAGAGCAGAGGUCACCUUGAAUCAAAAUUGAUACCUUUUUGAAACUAAGUUUGAAAACGCGUGAAGAAAUUCCAGUGAAUGACUUGAAGCUCCCUUUUCACAAUAGAGAGACUCCACCUGAAAAACCCACGAUGGAAGGACAGGCUGGUCAUAAGUUUGUAGGGCGAGGGGCCCAUAAGGGCAAAGGGAUCGCUGUGUUUACUAGUGGAGGAGAUUCACAGGGCAUGAAUGCUGCCGUUAGGGCUGUGGUUCGGAUGGGGAUUUAUCUAGGAUGCAAAGUCUACUUUAUCAAGGAGGGCUACCAGGGCAUGGUCGACGGCGGUAAAUACAUCGUUGAGGCCAACUGGGCCUCCGUGAGCUCCAUAAUCCACAAAGGGGGCACCGUGAUCGGCAGCGCCCGUUGUAAAGACUUCCGUGAACGCGCAGGCCGUCUCAAAGCUGCGAAAAACCUCGUCGAAAACGGCAUUACCAACCUUGUGGUAAUCGGAGGCGAUGGUAGUUUAACCGGUGCUGACCUCUUCCGUCAAGAAUGGAGCUCCCUUCUGGAGGAAUUGGCCACUACAGGUCAAAUCACCAAAGAACAAAAACAAAAAUAUCGCACUCUACAAAUCGCCGGUCUUGUCGGUUCCAUUGAUAACGAUUUCUGCGGCACUGAUAUGACCAUAGGGACUGACAGCGCCCUUCAUAGGAUAAUCGAGGCGUGCGAUGCUAUUGUCAGUACGGCCUAUUCGCAUCAGAGAACUUUUAUCAUGGAGGUCAUGGGUCGGCAUUGCGGGUAUUUGGCUAUUGUAGCCGCACUCACUUCCGAGGCCGAUUAUGUGUUCAUACCAGAAUCAGCACCACCAGACGAUUGGCAAAAAAGGCUAUGCGAUAAAUUAGAACAGGAGCGUCACAUGGGGCAACGUCUCAACAUUAUUAUUGUGGCCGAAGGGGCUAUUGAUCGCAACGGUGACCCCAUCACCGCCGAAAUGAUCAAAAAAGUCGUGGUGGAUAAUCUCCAACAAGACACUAGAAUUACCGUUUUGGGGCAUGUGCAACGCGGGGGUAACCCUUCGGCUUUUGAUAGGAUUUUGGGGUGUCGUAUGGGGGCUGAGGCCGUGAUGGCAUUAAUGGAAGCUGAUGAGAAAACCGAACCGUGUGUGAUUUCCCUGGACGGGAAUCAGGCUGUAAGAUUACCAUUGAUGGAUUGUGUGAAGCGGACGAAAGCGGUGUCACAGGCAAUGGCUGAUAAAAAAUUUGAUUUGGCUGUGGAGUUGCGAGGAAAGUCGUUUAUGCGCAAUUUGGAGACUUAUAAGUUGUUAACUCGACUCAAGCCGCCGAAAGAUGCGUUUGAUGAUCAAGGACAUGGAAGGCGUGAAUCUGAGUAUUUUUCGGAAGGUUUCACAGUGGCGGUGAUGCACAUUGGAGCCCCCGCAUGUGGCAUGAAUGCCGCCGUGCGUUCUUUUGUUCGUAAUUUCAUCUAUCGGGGCGACACAGUCUUGGGCAUUCAGGAAGGUGUCGAGGGGCUUAUCGCGGGCAACAUAAAACAAAUGGACUGGGCCGAAGUGGCCGGUUGGGUGGGUAUCGGGGGCGCCAAUUUGGGCACCAAACGCACUCUCCCUGGCAACCGCAUGGGUUUGGUAGCCUCCCGAUUGGCCGAAUUUAAGAUUCAAGGCUUGCUUAUUAUUGGGGGUUUUGAAGCGUUUGCAGCCGCUGUGCAAUUUUUGGACAGCAGAAAAGACUUCCCGGCUCUUAAUAUACCAAUUGUGGUAAUCCCCGGAACCAUCAGUAAUAACGUGCCAGGGACGGAAUUUUCGCUCGGGUGUGACACUGCCUUGAACGAAAUCACCGAAAUUUGUGAUAGAAUCAGACAGUCGGCUCAAGGGACAAAACGGAGGGUUUUUAUAAUAGAAACAAUGGGUGGAUAUUGCGGUUAUUUGGCGACUCUUGCCGGUCUGGCUGGGGGUGCCGAUGCGGCGUACAUUUACGAGGAAAAGUUUACGAUUAAAGACUUGCAACAAGAUGUGUAUCACAUGGCGACGAAAAUGUCCGAAGGGGUUCAAAGAGGCCUCAUUUUGCGUAACGAAAAAGCGUCAGAUAACUACAAUACCGACUUUAUCUAUAGAUUGUAUUGUGAAGAGGGAAAAGGCCUGUUUAGUGCCAGAAUGAACGUUUUGGGUCAUAUGCAACAAGGGGGUUCCCCCUCACCGUUCGACCGCAACAUGGGUACCAAAAUGGCAGCCAAAGCGGUGGAAUGGAUGAUCAACCAAUUAAAAAGCAAUAUGAGUUCUGACGGUUCAGUCAGUUGUUCUAGUCAAGACAGCGUGGUUCUAUUAGGAAUCGUGAAAAGACAAUACAAGUUCUCACCAGUUGCCGAAUUGAAGGAGCAAACCAACUUUGAGUUGCGUGUGCCUAAAGAACAGUGGUGGCUGAAACUACGUCCUUUGUUGCGUAUUUUGGCUAAGCAUGACUCUACAUAUGAAGAAGAAGGGAUGUAUAUGACGAUUGAGGAUCGCAGUUUUGUUAAUUGAGACGGCUAGGGGCGCAGAUAUAGUGAAUUUUUAUUCUUUAGUUCAAUUUAUUUAUUUUAUUGUGUAGUGUGAAUACAUAUUUUAUUAAAUGUAUACGCUUUUUGAAAUAUUGUAAGUUCUACGCCAUUUUGUAAUGACGGAUCAAGAUUAUAGCAAAUGGAUGUAUUAUAGUAAUCAAAUUUUAAUUAAUAAAGUCAUUUUUUUGAGGUUUUAA